UGGUGGCUAUAAUCACAGCUGUCACGUGUAAGGCAGCAAGAGUUCACACGUUGCUUGCAUGUCAUACGCAGGAGGUGAUUUCUGUGUGGUUAAUAAGCUUGCUCAUGUGAAUCAUUUAUCACUCUUUUGACCUCUGUCACACAGACGACAUCGAAGAGUAGCAGUUGUGUAUUAAGACUGCAAUGAAGGUUGGAGCAGUUUUUGCUUUUUUGACCAUUUACUUGGUCUCAGUGAGUGCCUUUCCAUCUGUACUCAACUUGCACCUACCAGAAGGACCAGACACUCAUCCGUGCGAUGCCCAUUGUCCUCGAGUUAAAGUCUGUGAGUUGGAAGCCGAUGGAAAUGUUACAUUGCUGGGAUUGAAAAAAUCUAUUGAAAGGCAAAACCCGGUACGAUAUUGCAGAAAGAUGGCCAUCAGAGGACGCCUAGAUGACUGUAUCUGCAGGCAAAACUGCAAUUGUUAUGGAAAGAAAGGUACCGUUCAACAUGAAGUAUGUGGAUCGGAUGGAAUGAUGUAUCCUACACACUGUCAUUUACAUCAGACUGCUUGCAUGGAGAGAAGGCACAUCAGUAUCGCAUCCAUCGGCACAUGCAAAUCUGGUUGUAAUGAUCCUCCACCAGAGAUUACAUCGGAAAUGCCUGAUCUUAUUGAAGCGAAGUUUAUCCCAACUGUUCCUCUUCUUCUUACACCACUUUGUGUCAAUUUUUCAGAACUUGUGAUUUCUGAUAAGCUAAUCAAGAACACCAAAACAGCUAUUAAAUUCUACAAAUCACGAUCUGAUCAUUUAGCUUUUCUAAACUCGUUACAGAUGCUAAUUGCUUUUGAACAUGGUAUCAGUGAUGUUUUGGAUCCAGAAUUGUUGCAACAGUUGUAUCACAUUAAAUCUGAUUUGGAUGAUAUUUCACAACUCCCGUUUAUGUCUGCUCUCAAUCGGUCGGCCCUUCUCAUUGAUGCUGUGCUAACAAUGAACAAAAGUUAUGUCUUCUCUCCUGUUCCUGAAAAUUGCUCAGCUCUUCUGCAUCCUGUUAUUCAUGGAGAGGCUAUCCACAUUCCAUGUACAUCUGAUGGAAAAGUUAACUGGUAUCACAAUGGCUAUCCUAUCUCAUCUGUACGACAUCAAGUAUUACGAGAUGGGUCUCUCCUUAUGAAGAACCUUCUUCCAAUUGACAAAGGUGUUUACACAUGUGUUUCUACUUCAACUUCAGACUGUGCUCAAACAUCACAAUCUACAUAUGUCAAUGUACCAGUAUCCUACUCUUUACAAGAUUUGGAUGUUGUUACUUCACGUCCAUCAAGUCAUAACAUUGCAAAUUACUAUGUUACUGGUUCUUACCCUGCAAUCAACCUGAGUGAUGUUUCUGCCAUCAAUCUAACUUUAGCAAAUUUCACUUCGCCUUAUCUUCGACUAGCUGGCAUGUCAACUGCAAAUUUGACUUUAGUUAAUGUCACUAUUGAUCAUUUGAUUAUCUCAAAUAGUGACAAGCACAUAAAUUUAACCAUGCAGAACUGCACUCUGGGCAGACUGGAUAUGGUUAACAUGAGUGUAGCUAAUGCAUCAUUCAUUGGUGUGACAUCUUUUGCAAGUAAACUUUUCAAUGUAUACUUUACCAAUGCAACGUGGAUAAAUUCAUCACUGUCUACUGUCAACCACAGUAAUGUCUUGUAUGUUAACUCUACGUUUUACAACUACUCUAUCGCAGAGGCUCAGAUGAUGAAUGUCAGUCACAUCAAUGUGACAUGUAUGCUGUACAACUCAACCAAUAUCACAUCUAUCAAUGCCUCUAAUAUCAACGUGACAUGUCUCAACUACACAGCUUACAACCUGACUCGUAUUAAUGGAACUGAGUACAACGUGUCAUAUAUUAACUCUAGUGUCUAUCUUUACCAGACGGUGAAUGCAACUCAGAACAUGACCAGCUACACAAACUUUACGUUUGUGAAUGCCACUUGGAUCAAUGUGACUAGUCUAAAUCACACAUCAAUCAAUGUAACUAUAAUGAACAUCACGUCACAGAAUUUGUAUGUACUAAACUACACAGGAAUCAAUGUGACACAAGUAAACCUGACUCGGAUAAAUGUGUCAUAUGUGAACUCUACGUUUUACAACUACUCUAUCGCAGAGGCUCGGAUGAUGAAUGUCAGUCACAUCAAUGUGACAUGUAUGCUGUACAACUCAACCAAUAUCACAUCUAUCAAUGCCUCUAAUAUCAAUGUGACAUGUCUCAACUACACAGCUUACAACCUGACUCGUAUUAAUGGAACUGAGUACAACGUGUCAUAUAUUAACUCUAGUGCCUAUCUUUACCAGACGGUGAAUGCAACUCAGAACAUGACCAGCUACACAAACUUUACGUUUGUGAAUGCCACUUGGAUCAAUGUGACCAGUCUAAAUCACACAUCAAUCAAUGUUACAUCAAUGAACAUGACAUCACAAAAUUUGUAUGUGCUAAACUGCACAGCAGUCAAUGUGACAUUAGUCAACUUGACAUGUAUGAAUGUGUCAUAUGUUAACUCUACGUUUUACAACUACUCUAUCGCAGAGGCUCAGAUGAUGAAUGUCAGUCACAUCAAUGUGACAUGUAUGCUGUACAACUCAACCAAUAUCACAUCUAUCAAUGCCUCUAAUAUCAACGUGACAUGUCUCAACUACACAGCUUACAACCUGACUCGUAUUAAUGGAACUGAGUACAACGUGUCAUAUAUUAACUCUAGUGUCUAUCUUUACCAGACGGUGAAUGCAACUCAGAACAUGACCAGCUACACAAACUUUACAUUUGUGAAUGCCACUUGGAUCAAUGUGACUAGUCUAAAUCACACAUCAAUCAAUGUAACUAUAAUGAACAUCACGUCACAGAAUUUGUAUGUACUAAACUACACAGGAAUCAAUGUGACACAAGUAAACCUGACUCGGAUAAAUGUGUCAUAUGUGAACUCUACGUUUUACAACUACUCUAUCGCAGAGACUCGGAUGAUGAAUGUCAGUCACAUCAAUGUGACAUGUAUGCUGUACAACUCAACCAAUAUCACAUCUAUCAAUGCCUCUAAUAUCAAUGUGACAUGUCUCAACUACACAGCUUACAACCUGACUCGUAUUAAUGGAACUGAGUACAACGUGUCAUAUAUUAACUCUAGUGCCUAUCUUUACCAGACGGUGAAUGCAACUCAGAACAUGACCAGCUACACAAACUGUAUGUUUGUGAAUGCCACUUGGAUCAAUGUGACCAGUCUAAAUCACACAUCAAUCAAUGUUACAUCAAUGAACAUGACAUCACAAAAUUUGUAUGUGCUAAACUGCACAGCAGUCAAUGUGACAUUAGUCAACUUGACAUGUAUGAAUGUGUCAUAUGUUAACUCUACGUUUUACAACUACUCUAUCGCAGAGGCUCAGAUGAUGAAUGUCAGUCACAUCAAUGUGACAUGUAUGCUGUACAACUCAACCAAUAUCACAUCUAUCAAUGCCUCUAAUAUCAACGUGACAUGUCUCAACUACACAGCUUACAACCUGACUCGUAUUAAUGGAACUGAGUACAACGUGUCAUAUAUUAACUCUAGUGUCUAUCUUUACCAGACGGUGAAUGCAACUCAGAACAUGACCAGCUACACAAACUUUACAUUUGUGAAUGCCACUUGGAUCAAUGUGACCAGUCUAAAUCACACAUCAAUCAAUGUAACUAUAAUGAACAUGACAUCACAAAAUUUGUAUGUGCUAAACUGCACAGCAGUCAAUGUGACAUUAGUCAACCUGACACGUAUGAAUGUGUCAUAUGUGAACUCUACAUUUUACAACUACUCGGUUUCUGCAGCAGAGAUGAAUGAUGUGAAGUACAUCAAUGUUUCAUGCUUGCUUUAUAGUUCCAUUAGAGUCAACACAUCAAAUGAAAUGAACAUAAAUGUGACAUGUGUGAACUAUACUGUUCUUGAUUCAGCCAUAUAUCAUGCUAACUAUACAAAUGUGACAACUAUAAAUGCAACAUGGAUCAAUUUGUAUUCAUUCAACAAUACUGUGAUCAACAUGACUGAGUGGAAUGUCACAUUGGCUAACAUGUUUUCUUUUGGUUUGUUGUCAAGGAACGUAAGCCAUGUCAAUGUUACUUGGAUGAAUGUGACUUGGGUGAAUUCCUCUUUUCACAACUGUUCUGUUACAAAAUCUUUCCAUAUCAAUGUCACUCACAUGAAUGUUUCUUCAUUCUUGUGGAAUUUAACGGAUGUUAUUAUGGUGAAUGUCACAAAUAUCAAUGUCACAGCUGUCAACCUUACAGCAACAAACAUGACAAGGGUCAACAUCACUGAACGAAAUGUAUCAUAUAUCAACUCAUCUUUCACUGAACUUGUUGAGCUAGAGGCAACACAAACCAACAUGAGCUACAUUGGCUGUGUUCUCACCAAUGUAACCUUCAUCAAUUUUACAGUCACCAACUACUCUAGGAUCAACGUUUCUAUUUCAAAUAUGACUUCAAUAAAUGAAAGUGUUGUCAACUACACUGUCAUCAAUAUGACUGUAGAUUUGGUGGUGAGAUACAAUGUUAGUCUGAUUAAUGCAACAUAUCAAAAUGUUUCCUAUGUUAAUGCUGUACAUGUGAAUGUUAGCUAUAUCAACAUCUCUAUAGAUUCUUACAAUGCCACCAACAUAACUGGAUUUAAUGUGACUUAUACCAACUGUUCUUGUGUGAAGUUUAUGGUACUCGACUCGACUUGUAGCAACUGUUCAAGUUUCAAUAUGUCUGUUGUCAAUUCUACAUUUGCUAACAUCUCUGUCAUCAACACCACUGAGUAUCGCAUGAAUUUUACCAACAUGUCUUUUUUCAAUCUGACUUAUCUAAAUGUUACUUCAACAAACCGCACUGAAAAGAACGUCACUGUGGCUAACAUGACAUUGGUGAACUGUUUGAUGAUCAACCAUACUAUGAUGAAUAGUACUGUCAAGUAUUCGACAAUGUAUAACACUUCUUUCAUCAAUGGUACUCAAAGCUAUGCAACGUAUAUCAACUUGACAGCUGCUCUGGUGACAUUCAAUAGAACAGAUGUGGAGCAUGGAUUUAUAAUCAAUGCAAGUUUGAAUCGUGUCCAGAUUCUCAAUGGAUCAAGUCUUAAUAUGUCCAUGAUUAACAUUACCUCUCGUCACUUUUACUUUGGUAAUCAUUCUGGAGAGCAAUUUACGAUGAUUAAUGCUACACUCUUAAAUACUACUUUCUGGAAUUCAACUACCCAAAAUAUGACAGCAAAGAAUGUUACAUUCAUGCUAUUGACAAUCAACCAGUCUGAUUUUGAUAAUUUGUUUGUGGAUGAAAAUACCCUUGUCAAAGAGCUUUUGCUGAAAGACAGCAAUGUUUAUGAUGUUUUGUUGAAAUUCUGCGGCCCUGGAUGUGAGCGCAACAGCAGUGAAGUGUGCAUCAAGAAAUUUAGCAGCACUACUCCAAAGCUUCACUAUUGGGAUGAUUGCAGUCGACCACUAAUGGAACAGAAAUUGCGUGAGCACUAUCCAAAGCUUAUGAAACUGAGUCAACUGGAACCUCCCAUGGUUUAUGAUGUGCAGCUCAUGCUUCCUGAACCCACUUUUCCACCUGUCCUUUUCUCUAUAACUGCUGAAGCUGAACAAGUCAAGUCUGCUAUUCUCUCUGAUGAAGAAGCUCUACCUAGUGACUGCUAAGCUGAAUACAACUGUAUGCGACUGCUACUGCUGUUUUGAUUAUAUGUUGAUGCAUCCAUGUAUACGGUGUUUCACUAAGUUAGUAUACUAACUGGAGUGCCCCUUACCUAGCAACAACUGUUUGUUUGCUGAAUCAUUGUCAGUCUUUCUAAACAUUGUGUUCUUUGCAUACUG